UUUAUCUACACUUAAUUUAUCAAAGGUCUCGAUCAAUGAAAACGCCAUUUCUUCCCCUAACUCUCCUCCUACAAUGUUCAUUUGUACUUAGCCUCCAUCUCCACCCACUUGAUCCCUUAACCCCCGAAGAAAUCAACGAAACAAGCAUCAUCGUCAAGAAAUAUCACAAAGGCAACCCCCAAGAUCUCGCCUUCCAUUACGUCGAUCUCGAAGAACCGGACAAGAGCCAUGUCCUCCGUUACCUCCACGACAAGAAGCCACGCAAUAUCACCAAGCCUCCAUCUCGUCGCUCUCUCGUGGUGGUUCGAACCGGUGGCCAGACCCACGAGCUGGUCGUCGACCUCACCGCCUCAAAAGUCGUGUCGGACCAUCUUUACACUGGCCCUGGCUUCCCACCGUUUACUUUCAUCGAGCUUUUCCGAGCAAGCAAGCUUCCACUCACUUACCCUUUGUUCAAGAAAUCGAUUAUUGGUCGAGGCUUGAACGUUUCGGAGAUUUCUUGCGUGCCGUUUAGCGUCGGUUGGUACGGAGAAACGAUCACGAGACGUGAGGUUAAAGCCACUUGCUUUUACAGAGAGGGGUCUGUGAACGUUUUUGCCCGACCAAUCGAAGGAAUCACCAUAACUAUUGACGUGGACUCCAUGCAAAUCGUGACGUACGUAGACAGAGUGACAAACCCUGUUCCUCGCUCGCAAGGUACGGACUUUCGGACCAAAAACAAGCCGUACCGUUUCUCUUGUAAAGUUUCCGACACCGGAUUCGAAACCCGAGGGAAUAUAAUCAAAUGGGCGAACUGGAAAUUCCACGUCGGAUUCAAUGCAAGAGCCGGGAUAAUCAUAUCGACGGCUUCGGUUCUUGACCCGACAAGUGGGAAGUUCAGGAGAGUGUUGUACAGAGGACACGUGUCGGAAACGUUUGUUCCGUACAUGGACCCGACGUACGAGUGGUACUACCGCACGUUUAUGGACAUCGGAGAGUUCGGGUUCGGGAGAUCCGCCGUUAAUUUACAGCCGUUGAUCGACUGUCCACAAAACGCUGCGUUUUUUGAUGGACACGUGGCGGGACCGGAUGGGUCGGCGCAGAAGAUGAGCAACGUGAUAUGUAUCUUCGAGAAGAAUGGAUAUGGUGCUUCCUUUAGACAUACUGAAAUCAAUGUUCCUGGACAAGUGAUAAAUAGCGGAGAUGCAGAUAUAACUUUGGUUGUUAGGAUGGUCGCCACUCUCGGAAACUAUGAUUAUAUUAUGGAUUGGGAAUUCCAAAAGAGUGGAGCCAUGAGAUUUGGGGUGGCCUUGACGGGUGUUUUGGAGGUGAAAGCCACACCGUACACAAAUAACGCACACAUAACGGAAAACGUUCACGGAACACUAGUAGCGAAAAACACCGUCGCCGUCAACCACGACCAUUACUUAACAUACUACCUGGAUCUUGACGUUGACGGUAACGGCAAUUCCCUGGUCAAAGCCAAACUCAAAACGGCGAGAGUAACGGACGUUAAAGUCUCACCGAGAAAGAGUUACUGGACGGUCGUCAAAGAGACGGCGAAAACGGAAGCCGACGGUAGGAUUCGGCUCGGCUCGGAACCGGCUGAGAUUCUGAUAGUGAACCCAAACAAGCAUACAAAGAUAGGGAACACGGUGGGAUACCGGCUGAUACCGGAACAGAUACCGGUGACUUCUCUGUUGUCGGAAGAUGACUUCCCACAGAUUAGAGCCGGUUAUACGAAGUAUCCGGUUUGGGUGACCGCCUAUAACCGGUCAGAGAGAUGGGCCGGUGGGUUUUACACUGACCGGAGCCGUGGAAAUGACGGCUUAGCUGUAUGGAGUAGCAAGAACAGAGAUAUCGAGAACAAGGACAUAGUUCUAUGGUACAACGUUGGGGUUCAUCACAUUCCUUACCAAGAAGAUUUUCCGGUAAUGCCAGCACUUCAUGCCGGAUUCUCUCUUCGGCCAUCGAAUUUUUUCGAUCACAAUCCUUUGCCCUCUGAUUAGAACGGAGGGUUCAGUUUAGGGGUGCGCAAGUUGAAUUAUAUCAUUGAGAUCGUUAUGUUUUAAUUAUUUGAACAAGUAAAUCUUGUGUACGAUUGGUUUGGUUCAUGUUUUUUAAUAACAUAAUUAGUUCUGUUUCUGGUUUGAA